UAACACGGUUCGACUUCGUCCCGAGUUGAAGCGGGUUGGGUUGUUAUCACGGGCAAACUGAGCAUUGCUGAAGAACAACGCAAAGCAAUUAAAGAUAGGUCGGUAUUUUUCUCUUCGGUAAGCACUGCGGUUUUGUGAGACAGUCGUCCUGUGCGGUUAGGCCACGGGAGGUAUUUGUAUUUAGUAAUAGUAUCACUGUACAUUGUGGUCUGUUUUAUUGUCAUGUCUGCCGUUUUUCUGUAUGAAAAGACGAUAGCAUUUUUUAAAUUUAGUUUAUUGUAGUCUUCAGUGCCAUACAUUAUGUAGACUUAGCAUGACGUGUAUGGUUAUAAUUGUGCUGUUUUUAUCUUCGACCUCCCUGUAAUGCUGCAGCUCUGGCCUCGGUGUGUGUUUCUAUUUAUCCCGAUGUUAUAUUUUAAAGUUUCAUUGCCAUUGUGACCUUGUCAUCUAUACUUUCACAACGUCACUUUGUGCAGGCUAACAUAAAUAAAUAAAUACAUUUAAAAAAUACAACACCUACAGUUGAAGUGACGUCAAUCCAAUUGCCAGGGCAAAUCAUCUUGGAGCAGAACGUUUAUGCCUGUAGGGUGAGGUUAAUCCCCGGCCCCCAGACUAUAGUGUUCCAGGUUAAUCCCUGGACCCCAGACUAUAGUGUUACAGGUUAAUCCCUGGACCCCAGACUAUAGUGUUCCAGGUUAAUCCCCGGACCCCAGACUAUAGUGUUACAGGUUAAUCCCCGGGCCCCAGUCUAUAGUGUUCCAGGUUAAUCCCCGGCCCCCAGACUAUAGUGUUACAGGUUAAUCCCGGGACCCCAGACUAUAGUGUUACAGGUUAAUCCCCGGACCCCAGACUAUAGUGUUACAGGUUAAUCCCCGGCCCCCAGACUAUAGUGUUACAGGUUAAUCCCCGGCCCCCAGACUAUAGUGUUCCAGGUUAAUCCCCGGGCCCCAGACUAUAGUGUUACAGGUUAAUCCCCGGCCCCCAGACUAUAGUGUUACAGGUUAAUCCCUGGCCCCCAGACUAUAGUGUUACAGGUUAAUCCCCGGCCCCCAGUCUAUAGAGUUCCAGGUUAAUCCCUGGCCCCCAGACUAUAGUGUUACAGGUUAAUCCCCGGGCCCCAGACUAUAGUGUUACAUUACCAAGCAUGCCUCUUCAGUUCAGUUUGGAAUAGCACUUGUUUUACGGAAGAGAAUUUGAUUGAGUCACCGAUUCACAUUGUUCACCAGUCUUUCUUUCAGUCUGACACAAUGAAGCUGUUGGUAAAGACAGCCCAGACUUUGUUGUCGGUACAGAAGGCGUCUCCACCCAGCGGCUGCAGGCGUUUCUGGGGCUGGCUGAACGCAGUGUUCAACAAGGUGGAUUACGAGCGUAUCAAAGCGGUGGGUCCCGACCAGGCUGCCUCGGAGUGGCUCCUGCGCUGCGGGGCGAAGGUCCGGUUCCAGGGCUUCGACAGGUGGCAGCACGAUUACAACGGCCUCCCCACCGGCCCGAUCGGCAGGUACAAGAUCCAGGCCAUCGACGCCACCGAGUCCUGCAUCAUGUACAGGGGCUUCGACCACCUGGAUGGCCUGGAGCACGUUGAAGAGAUGAAGUUGUGCAAGUGUAUCUACAUCGAGGACGCGUGCCUAGAGAGACUGAGCAAGGUGGAGAAGCUGCAGGAGAGCCUGCUGAGGAUGGAGCUGGUGUCCUGCGGCAAUGUGACUGACCGGGGGCUGCUCGCCCUGCACCACCUCAGGAACCUGGAGAGGCUGCUUCUCAGCGACCUUCCGGGAGUACGGGAGAAAGACAAGACAGUUCAAAUGCUGCGCACCGCACUGCCAAACCUGGACAUUGAGCUGGACCUGGACUAGCACAGGACAGCAGCAUGGGAUGGACUGGGCGAGGCUUGACUGGACAGCCUGGCACUGGGACAGAACACAGUCAUGAGACUAGCUUGUUUCAUUGGGCUGGGUGGAUGAGACUAGCUCGUUGUGUUUCAUUGGGGCUGGGUGGAUGAGACUAGCUCAUUAUACAGGACAGUGUUUGCGUUGCGUGUGUUAAGAACCCUAACAGAAACAUCUCAAAGGACAACAUUUAUUUCAAUGAUGAGUUCUGAUUUUGUGUGUUUCCUGUAAGUGAGAGACACGCAGGGUCUCUAAGUGCUGAGGAAACAGCUGUGAACGUGUUUUGCAGGAUCUUAAUUGCUGCAGAGGUUGGAAUAAUGCAUCUCUAUGCUAAUGCGUGUUUUGCUUUGACAGGUGUCUGCUAUUUUAGUUUGUUUAUUUGUUUCUGCUUUGUGCAAGAAAUCUGAAUGUAAAAACGAUCCUCGAAUGCCUAUAGACAGCCAUGCUGACAACUGAACUGUGUUUGUGUGAAGGGGGUACAUCAUUAAAUAAAUCAAAUCAAACAA